GUUCAGCUCGACUUGCAGAGUGUAUUGCUUGGUGAAUUUGCUGGAAUUAUGAAUAGCGGCUAUAAUGCACCCCUAUAUCAUAUACCCGCCAUGGCCGUGGAGUCCCUCUGCCAGCAAUCUAUGUACCAGCAGCACACCUAUGUGGAUCGAACCCGUAUGGCCGUAACAGAUGUAUUUGUUCAGGAGCAUGUCUCCCAGAGUUCCUGGACAAUGAGUACACCACCGAUGCAGAUACGUCCGCCCGUAUUUAUACAAACCGGGCGUGGUCCUUACAUGGGAAGCAAUGCGGCACCACCUGCACCGCCACCACCGGCAGCACAUCCCCCACCUCCACCACCACCGCCUCCGCCGCCACAUCAUCCAUCGAUGCACGGCCGAUUUACAUAUAUGUCCAUGCCGGGCGUUCAAUAUUAUGCCGCCAGCUCGGCUUCAAUGAACUCAUAUGGUCAAAUGUAUAUGCAACAUUCAUCGGCCGCAUCGGCCAAUGUGGGCGGCAUGUAUGUGCCACACUAUCAUCCAGCACACUUGCGCCCACAUCAUCAUACCAAGGAUAAUGCAUGUCAGACACGCUCGAGUGUCAAGCGCAGCUGUGAUGCAACCACACAAACAGAUUUAAUUGGCGAUGCACCGCCAAUUAUCAAAUUCAAAUAUCAGGCAAAUUUAAGCGAUGGCAGCAAGGAGUCUUCUAAUAGUCGCAGCUCAUUUGAAAGCUACGGUUUUCCAAGCAUACAGCAAGGUGAUCGGCGCAACUCAGAGGUCAUCCUUCCCAUACAACGUUUGCAGGAUAUUACACGCAUAUCUCUCAAGGGAAGCGACAUUGCCGAACGGCUGGCCAAUGCGCAUCGUCAGCGUCCUUGCUUCAAGAAGAUGGAUACAUUGUGUGCACGACUUAAGCAGGAUCUAUUGCGUCCUGAUGGUGUGCUUCCGAAUAUCAAUUCGCAGGGCAUUGCUUGGGCUGUCAAGGAUUUCAUAUUUGUAUUCACACGCAUUGUCAACUCGUGGGUGAUCCUCAAGGGCUAUGUCUACAAUACACCCGAUGGGCUCAAUAAGAUCAAAGAUGAGUUGCCAAGCGGCUUUAUGGCCGCCUUCGAUAACUGGCAAAUAAGCACAUUGACUAUUGUGGAGAUGAUCAUCAAGUCGUUUGUUAACUUGGAUGGCAUGCUGCAGAAGCAGAAGAACAGCUUCUGCAAAUUAGAUAUUAGCAACAAUUGUAAUGGCAACGGCAAUUGCAAUAGCAAUGGCAACGGCAAUAGCAAUGGCAAUAACAAUGGCAAUGGCAAUAGCAAUAGCAAUAGCAAUGGCAAUGGUAAUUGCAAUGACAACAGCAGCGAUUCCAAUUCAAGCAAUAAAACUUUGAAUGGCACCGAUAUUCCAUUGCCAGUGAAUGCUACAGUCCAUCUCACUAACGAUACUUUGCGUGGUCCGAGCGCCUAUAGCACCCCGUAUAACAGCAUGAAGAGCGAUCAUAGUAUCGAUCAUACUGUGGCUAACAGUUUCAAUGAAGCGACGAUGCAAGCACAGGAUGCAGCACCCAUGGACGGCCGCUCGAAAUCCGAUUUGAAUUAUUUGUACACCAUGAUCCAGGAUUCGGAAGAGGCGCAACGCUGUGUCAAUGCCAAUGGUACGUAUUUGAAAACCGGCACCUAUACGCCGCUCAAAAAGGACGCAAAUGCCUCGCCACCACCGCAAAAUGUACCCACCAUCUGGAAGUGCAACUCGCAAUCUUCGAGCGCCCGGCAGCAGGCACAGCAGCAGCAUCAGAAUCAGAAUCAGCAUCAGCAUCCAAGCCAGCACCAGCACCAACAGCAGCAGCAGAUGCCACUCGAACAGCUCAGACCUGUGCAUAAAUGUCAAACACCCAAGCUAAAAACCGCUCAGUGUCGUCACAACGAUUCCAAACCCUAUGUGACACUCAUGGGUCGCGAAAUGUCGCGCCGUUUAUACGAGCUAAGCAAUCGCAUUAUGCAACUGCAAAACAUAGAUCGAUUCUUCCAGAAGCAGUUUACACGCAACUAUUAUCCCUAUUUCUUCGAACGAUGCCAGCAUGAGUUUAUUGAUGUGCGCGCGAUUAUCCUGAAGUGUGAGAGUGCUACAUAUCAGCAUAUUUAUCAGGCCAUACACGAUAUGCGACGCAUUAUAUAUUUGGUGCGCAGUGAUCUGAAGGAUCAUACCAACAUGGAUUUGCGUCUUUAUACCGCUCUCUAUGAACGCUCGAUCAACGAGAUGCUGGCCAAGACACCGUAUCAUCCGCAACAGUUUGAACACAUUACUGGAGAGCCGGGCGAGAAGCUGUUCAACUAGAUAAUUUAAUCCAAAUCAAAUUCCGAAUUCGCAAUUUUUUUUCAAUUCUUUUUUUGCUAUUAUUAAGUGGAAUACUCGGUAGCAUCGUUCCCAUCAUUCCAAAACAUUUUUAAGCACAAAUCAAAUUCCUA